AGUUUCUUGUGGGUUUCGCGAAAGAAGGUGGGGGUGCUCCUUCUGAAAGCUUCGAAUGGGAGGGGGAGGAUUCUGGAUGUUCUUGUAAAAGUCUGAUCCAAUCUUGACGUAAUUGCGUGUGCUUCGAGAAGGGUUUCACUUUCAUUGAAUCUUGGGGCUUCGCGCGUGGCAUCUUCGGCUCAAUUCUCUUGCGAUUUUGGUGGAGGGUUCUGGUAUUUUAAGAGGGGUGUGGAGUUUGUUCGAAGUGGGCAAUGUUUGGGGCUCCCUUCAGGCUGAUUCAUUGAGGCUUUGGGUUGUUUGGGAAUUUGAGCAUUUCAUGUUGUUUUGCUUGAGGGGGUGGUGUGGUGUGCUGUAGUUGUGUGUAUCUGGGGGUUUUUCGAUUGAAAGUUAAAUUAGAGAUUCCCGGGUGCAGAUUCGUUAUCUGGGUUUGGGUUCUUGUGCAAGACGGUGUGACUGAGAGUUUCGGUGGAAGAGCAGAAGGUGGGUUUUUGUUUGGAAGCUUGAAUUGUUGGGUAGUUCUGAUCUUGAGAGUGGUGGCGAAAUUUGAAAUGGACGAAUCGCCGAGCGGCUCGAAUUCGCUGCCACCUUUCCUGAUGAAGACGUACGAGAUGGUCGAUGACCCCUCCUCUGACCCGGUGGUUUCGUGGAGUCAAACCAGCAAGAGCUUCAUUGUGUGGAAUCCACCGGAGUUCGCACGGGAUUUGCUGCCGAGAUACUUCAAGCACAACAAUUUUUCCAGCUUUAUUAGACAGCUGAACACAUAUGGUUUUAGGAAGAUUGACCCAGAACGAUGGGAAUUUGCGAACGAGGAAUUUAUAAGAGGUCAGCCGCAUCUUCUGAAGAACAUCCAUCGGCGGAAACCAGUCCACAGCCAUUCCCUUCAGAAUCUCCAAAAUCAGGGAAGUUCUUCUCCUUUAACUGAAGCAGAGAGACAAAGCCUGAAGGAAGAGGUAGAAGGGCUUAAAAGCGACAAGGAAUCACUUCAGAUGGAACUACAGAUGCAUGAAGAAGAGAGGAAGGGCUUUGAACUGCAGAUGCAGAAUUUGAAGGAGCGGUUUUUGAAAAUGGAAGAACGACAGAAGAAUAUGCUGUCUAACUUAGGUAAUGUUCUGCAGAAACCUGGUCUUGCCUUGAAUUUGUUGAUCGAGUCGGGGUUCAAUGAUAAGAAGAGGAGAUUUCCUCGAAUUGGUUACUUUCAUGAUGACGGACAUGGUGAAGACAAGUAUGCUGGGUCUCCCCGAACUUUGAUGAGAGAAAACAUUGAUGGAGCUUCAUCCUUACCAUCGAUACUGGAUUUAUAUGAUCAAUUGGAAUCAUCGCUCACAAUCUGGGAACACAUUGCGCAUGAUUGUGAAAACAUUAUGCAGCACAACUCAACCGUAGACUUUGAUGAGACUACUAGUUGUGCUGAUAGCCCUGCUAUAUCCUGCAUUCAGUUUAAUAUUGAUGCACGGCCUAGAUCGCCCACAAUUGACAUGAAUUCUGAGCCCGCUACUGCUACUGUUUUUGAGCCUGCCAUGGGUACCACUUCCGAGCCAGCUUCGACUGUUGCCUCUGAGCCAGUUUCCUCCAAAGAACAAGCAGCAGCUGCAGCUCCUAAUGUGCCGGCAGGUGCUAAUGAUGUCUUCUGGGAGCAAUUCUUGACGGAGAAUCCCGGUUCCUCCGACGUUCAGGAAGUUCAGUCAGAAAGAAAGGAUACUGAUGGUAGAAGGAAUGAGAGCAAACCUGCUGAUCACGUCAGGUUUUGGUGGAGUACGAAGAAUGUAAAUAACCCAGCAGAACAAUUGGGGCAUCUUACCCCAGCAGAAAGCACUUGAUGUUGGUCGAUCGUAUUUUGGGAUUUUGAUGGCUCGGCGUGGGCAUUGUAAUAUAAUAGGUAUGGUAUGUUGGGUCUUCCAAUAAAUAGGUAAUACAUGCUUAGGGUGGCUGGUUUGCUGCAAUAACGUUGAUGAGAUCUCUCUUGAUUAUUUGUCCAUCGAGUUUUGUAGCAUUUUGUAUUGUUCCAGUUAACAUAGUUAUAUGAGGGUUGUGAUA